UGCAAACUUUCGUCGUAAGUUUCUGAAGGGUUAAACUUUGCGCAGUUGCAACAUUGUUCGCAACUCUAACCUCUUAUCCCGUUUUUUACAUGUUGUACCAGACUAGCGGAUUUACAUUAACAAACCUUGUCGAUAAUUGGUCAAGAAUUUUGCGCUUGAAACAAAUCAUCUCGUACAAUGAUUUCUUAUUAAAUCAACAUUAAGAAUCAACCUUAAUCUUCUGAAAGAGAUGAACCCUCAAAUUAUGAUUGUUACCAUGGUAGCCGCUGCUUCGGUUGCUUUUUUCGGAUUCCUUGCCUAUCGGAUCAGAGGUCGAUCGAACGAUCCAGAUUUAUUAAGCGUACUUCCAUUGGAAGACAACAGCUCCCUCGACGAAGAUCUCAAAGACAUUUUGGCGUUCGUCCCUAUAAAAGAAGUACAACGAAUCAUUGAAAGAUACAUGGAAUACGACCCCCAGAUCGGAGAUACCGUGAGCUUCGUGAACGACCAGAAGAGAUUCAUAUUGCGCGAGUUCCAGAAUAUGCCUGAAGCAAACAAAUUGAUCAGUUUUCUGCGACAGAAUGGUUUGGACGUGGAUUCCUGGCAAGAGAAGAUACGAUACUUUUGGAAGACGUCUCCCAGGUUCAUCAAAUACGAUCCGAGUAUGGCAGCCGGAGGCCUGACCGUGAUGAUCAAUAAAAUCCUGGAGACCAUGCCUCUGGACGAGCUGCACGAACUGUUGCGACAAAAGGUGAAAUACUCGGCGAGCUUCCGCAGGUUUCUGUAUGCGUUGAGGUCCAAAGACUACCUGGAGUUUUGCAACGCGAUUGAGACCAACGAUGUGCUACAUCAUCACUAUUUCUGGGCGAAAGAGGGUGGACUAGAGAUCACGUUUGCGAUCGAACUAUUCAAUGAGCUGUACACCUACCUAACGCAGGCAUUAGUCGCCUAAGAAUUGUCAUGAACCAUUAAUAAUCAUUAUCGAGUAAUAAACUGCAGUGAAAUGCAAACAUAAUACA